UUUGGCAAUGUUUGUGUUUUUAAAAUUGUGUUGUAACCUGCCUAGAACUGCAAGAAGAGGCGAGUAAAAAAAUAAAAUUAUUAUUAUCAUUGUUAUUGUUAUUUAUGUGACCAGCUUUCCACCCCUUGCUCUCUCUCCAGGGUCUGGAAUGAUGCUGUUGCCGAAUCCUCAGCCGUUUCUCCCCCUUUGCGAUGGAGUGGGACUGAGUCAGGGCCCAAUCGCCUUUGAGGACGUGGCUGUGGAUUUCUCCCUGGAGGAGUGGGUUCUCCUGAAUCCUGACCAGAAAGCCUUGCACAAGCAGGUCAUGGAGGAGAUGAAUGGGAUUGUGGACUCUCUUGUAGAUAACGGGGAGAAGAGCCAUGUAUGCACCAAGUACAGGAAGCAUUUGGGACACAACGGGGGCCUUCAUCGAUACCAGCAAGCCCACACAGAAGAUGGAGGUUCUGCCAGAGAAAGGCCCGACAAAUGCAAUGUAUGUGGGCAGUGUUUUACCCAAAAUAUGGCACUUGUGCUUCACAAGACACUCAAUGUUGGGAAAAGCCAUCUUAAAGGGAAAGUAUCCGCAAAAUGUGUGGUGAAACACAAGAAAUUUCACACAGGUCAGGAACCAUACAGAUGCCAAGAGUGUGGGAAAUGUUUUGCUUCCAGUUCAGCCUUGGUGAAGCACAAAAAACUCCACACAGGAGAGAAGCCAUACCAAUGCCAGGAGUGUGGGAAAUGUUUUGCUUCCAGUUCAAACUUGUUGAGGCACAAAAGACUCCACACAGGAGAGAAACCAUACCAAUGCCAGGAGUGUGGGAAAUGUUUUACUCAGAGUUCAAACUUGGUGAGCCACAGAAGACUCCACACUGGUGAGAAGCCAUACAAAUGUGAGGAGUGUGGGAAAUGUUUUACUGAGAAUUCAAACUUGGUGAGCCACAAAAGACUCCACACAGGAGAGAAACCAUACAAAUGUGAGGAGUGUGGGAAAUGUUUUACUGAGAGUUCAAACUUGGUGAGCCACAAAAGACUCCACACUGGAGAGAAACCAUACCAAUGCCAGGAGUGUGGGAAAUGUUUUAUUUCCAGUUCACACUUGGCGAGGCACAAAGGACACCAUACAGGAGAGAAGCCAUACAAAUGCGAGGAGUGUGGGAAAUGUUUUGCUUCCAGUUCAGACUUGUUGAAGCACAAAAGACUCCAUACAGGAGAGAAGCCAUACCAAUGCCAGGAGUGUGGGAAAUGUUUUGCUUCCACUUCAAACUUGUUGAAGCACAAAAGACUCCACACAGGAGAGAAACCAUACCAAUGCCAGGAGUGUGGGAAAUGUUUUACUCAGAGUUCAACCUUGAUGAGCCACAAAAGACUCCACACAGGAGAGAAGCCAUACAAAUGCUAUGAAUGUGGAAAAUGUUUUACUCAGAGUUCAUCCCUUUACCAGCACCAGAGAACACAUACAGGCUAA